AUGACUGAUCGCCGCCGAGAUAUUGCUCGUAGUCCAGUAGGGCCACCUUUCAACACAGCAAUGUUCAAUUUAAAAAAGCUAUUGCUUUGUGCUCUUUUGGUAUUCUUCGUCUUCCCGCAUACCACCUAUGAGUUUUUACAAUUCAAUGGGGCGGCUAAGGGUGGUGUUGGUGUUGGGCACGUCGCCGAUGCCAUCAAACCAAUAGCAACAAAGCGCCCAUUCGAGAAGAAAUUCAAAUUUCAUAAAAUAGAACGCGUAUACAUUGGCGAUGAGGAGGAGAAAAAUGACGACGACGACGACGACAGCGAAAAUGAUGGAGAUGACAAAAACGAUGAUGAUCACAACGGUGACAGAAAACCAGACGAUGACGCUAGCCGACAAAUGGACGAAGAAGCGGCAGAGUCGGAAGAGCUGCCGUUCAAACGUGCACGCGUGGCUCACAAAGAGCGACGCGCUACCACCACCUCCACGCCGAUGAAUGAGAAAAAACGUUCAACUACUAAGAAACAGAACAAAAUAGCAGACGAUGAAAGCAACCAAAGCGAAGAGUCGAAAACGUUCUUUGGCUCAUUAUUUGGAAAUCUCUUUGGUGGUGGAAGUGGUGACCGAGGCGAUGCCGAUCCGCAGCCGAGGUCGACGAGUGAAGAAGAUAGCUCUGCUGAGAAGAAAGUACCAUCAAACGGCAUUAUUGACUGGUUGAAAUGGUUGAGUGAGCGAAAUGAACGCACGGAGCGACAGGAAGCCGUUGAACCGGAUGAUACUGAGUCUUGGCACUCCUACCUCAAUCGUUGGCCAUUCAACAGUUUCUUUCCCAUUAGCAAGUCAGCAAAGCCAAUACGCCGUCAACCUAAAGAACCCGCUUCCCCGCAGAACGGCAAUUCAGAUGAGGCGACCACCACAAUGUCUCAGGAAAAUUUCGAAAGCAUAUUGCAUACACUGCCUAGCUUUGUGUUGAAUCCAGACCAUGUUACCAACACCGAAUGCAGACAACAAUUGCAGAUAUUUCAUCGACAGCUGCGUGGCAAUAAGUUUUGGACGCUACAGAUGUUGGACGCCACGGGAAAAAUUAGUGCAGGUUUGUUGCGUGGCAAUAUCAACCAAUUCGGAGACUUCGACCAAUGCAUGCAGGUGAAAGCUAGGGUGAAGGUAACACCGGAAAUUCCGGUUCGCAUUCGCGGGAAAUAUUGUCUGGCACACAUUGAAAUGCAAACUUCAACAAAGGAGCUGAGGGCACCUCUACAUUAUGCGCAGGGGCGCGCACUCUGGCGAAGUCAUUUUGGAAAUCCCAGUCAUUUCGCUCCACGCUACGACAUCGCCAACUGGGGCGUUUGCAUACCAAACCUCUGCAGCAGUGAGGUAGUACAACAAAUGGUCGAAUCGAAUCUGCGUGCUUACAAUGCGACAGGUAUAGAAUUUCAUGUGGAAGUCGGUGACAAUGAUUGCUACACCCGAUCAAAUGUUAAGCUCAUGAAACUCAUUAAAAAGGAUCGCAAUUUCGCCCUGACAAUAUUCGGUAUUGGUGGACUUGUGGUACUAUGCGUUGGUUCAUUGCUCAAUAAAUACCAGUCGAAAAUAAAAGUCUGGGUACUUAGUAAAUUCAAGAAGACUAAAACAGACUCAAACGGUGAAAGCGAAGGAAACGAAAGUACAGUGGAGGCGAUUACUGAUUCAACGGAAAUCGAGAAUGCAGCGGAAGAUGGCAUAGCUAGGGAAACAACACUGGAAACUGAUAUACUUCAGUCUCUCACUGCCGUGCUUCGGGACACCGUCAGUACUUUCUCACCACAACGCACAGUUUCUGUAUUGCUUGGCAGCGACUCUUCGGAAACGCAAUUCCCGAUCUUCAAUGUGCUCAAACUGGGCGCCACAUUCGCCCUCUAUGUCAGCCUCAAAUACAUUAUGAUUGGACAUCUUCCCAUCAUCAAUCGGGAUAUUAUGGUUCGGGCGUUGGAAAAACCACAGAGCAUCCUGUUCCGCACACCAAUGGUUUACAUGGAUAUGCUUUUGAUGGUAAGCGGCUUCUUGAUUGCUUAUCAACUGGCUGAAGAAAUGGAACAAAAAUCGCAUAUUCAGCUGUUAAAGCGCAUGGCUUUAAAGAUCACAAGAUACCUACCUACUUUGUAUGCGGUGUUGUUGUUCCAAACAUAUAUUCUUCCACUGCUUGGCGCCGGACCGCUCUGGACGAAUUUGAUCGGCCAAAAUACGCGUUUGUGCGAGCAACAGUUGUGGCGAAACUUUUUUAGCGUUCAGAAUGCAAUUGAAUUUGAGGAGACUUGUUCGCCUAUGUCCAUACAAUUGGCUCUUGAAGUUCAGCUCUAUAUACUGGGACCGUUGAUCGUGUGGCUCUACUACACCGAUGCAGAUGCUGCAUUCUUCAUCUAUGGUGCUCUGCAUGCGAUGUCUGUGGCAGCGCGUUACUCUCGCACACAACGCGAAUACCUAUCGACGACCUUGUUCCAUGGCAUGAACGUCAGCAAAUUCUACCGCACGGCCAAUUUGCUCAUCUCUUCGCCGAUAAGUCGCGCAACCCCCUAUCUUUUUGGUAUCGGCACUGGUCUGCUACAUCGCUCUCAAGCCGGUGUGCUGGAGAUCGCCAGCGAACUCAUACCCGUUGGCUGGCUGUGCGCCUCAUUGGGAUUAUUCUGGUGCUUCUGGUCACCCUCGGCGAGCAUGCGCACCGAUUUCGUUUAUACAGCUGGCGAUGCGGCAUCUUAUGCCGCUUGGUGUCCGCUAAUACUCAGCUUAUCUGUAGCUUGGUGUAUUUUUAUGUUUCCAAGGGGUGAAAACUCUGUGCUGCACCUUCUUACCACAAUGAGACCUGUGCUCUUCCUUUCACGCAUAACGUUCCCCAUACAGCUGAUGACUUAUGUGGUGGUAUUGUACAACACUGCUGGUGUAAGUGAGCCACACAAAUAUCAUCUAGGUGACUUGGUUAAUUUUAAUGAGAUCGCAGUAAUUCUGAUCAGUGGGCUAGCACUGGCUUUUCUAAUCGAUGUGCCUGCCCAACAUAUUCGCAAAGUUGUAAUAAAUCGUAUAUUUGUAGAACGUACGGCGCGCGAGUAUGAACAAGAAGCCGCACCCGGCACGGGCGCUGAGGCCUCUGAACCUGAAGCUGAAGCGGAUAACGAAGAGCAAAUUGAUCAAGCUAAAGAUGACGUGGGAGAUGAUGACCCUGAAGUUAGCACGGAAGAGUUGGAAAAGAACAACAAAGUUGAAGUGACUGAUGAAGAGGAGAAUAAGAACGAGGAUGAAGAGGAAGAGGAAGAGGAGGAGGAAAAUACUGCAGAUAAAGAAAGUGAGUUAUCUGAGAAUGAUGAAAUUAAAAAACGACCAGAAAAUGAUAAAGAAGAAAACGUACCAAGCUAUACACGAAGAAGACGACGAAUAAGCGAUGAUUAGACAGAAUGGAGAAUGUGUUGAUAGAUGCUAUUUCAGUAGAAACAAAAGACAACAAUGGAAAAAUCAUUAGAGAUAAGGCAUGCGAUACACUAAAAAGAAACAAAAUGGUGGUCAGAAUAAAAAGGGGCCAGUUACAAAAAUUACAUUGUUAGGGCGCAAAACCGAAAACAUGUAGACUAAAAUUUGAUAAAGGCAAUCCACCUACUCGUAUGUAUAGACCCAGGACUAUUUUUGAACAAACAUUGUUUGGAUUGGUGUUCUUUAAAAACUCGAUGCGUAAUUAUUUUGGAUUUUUUUUUUUUUGUGAUCCAGCCCAUUAUUGAAAGAUGAGACGAUAAGUCAAAACAAUUGGUAAUACGAACCCAAAAACGAACCCGAAUUUUAUUAAAUUUACUUUCAAACUAACAUUCAUACAUACUACUAUGUAUAUAUUUAUUUUCGUAAAAAUUUACUUACAUUUUUUAUUUUUUUUAAUCUUAAUUAAGAAUACACGAGCACAUAUUCAAUUCAUUCAUUGAAAUCUAACCUAGCGAAAAGCAUAACUAGUAUUUUUUAUACAACAAUUCUUUUUGGAUAACAUACAGCUUCCUGACAAUUUUUGUAACAACACGAUCAGAGACUAUGUAUGACUUAUAGUGCGGCAAGUUUUAUUACAUCCUAGUUGUAUAGUUAUUUGUCUAGACAACUAUGAAAAAUUUAUACUUUUACAAUUUAUUCCUGUACCCAUUUUCAUCAAUAAAUAUGUAUUUAUUAGGGCUGUG